AUGGCCAGUCAGGGCCAUUUUCAGUGGAUGUAUGUAUGCUGCCCCCUUCGGUUGCUAGUGCCAGCACCAGACCUCGAUGUUGCCCGCUGUGUCGCCCUGUCUCUUUCUCUCUCUAUCUCUUCGUUGCUAUGCCGACAACGUCCUGAUAUUUGUUUAAACCACCUCAGAUCGGAUCCCACAAAGUUGAUCAAGGCUAUCAUUUCGAUUCAACCAGCUCGUGGAUGGAAAUCGUCACGCAACGUCAUGUCCCGUCCCGUCCCGUCCCGCCCCUCCGCAACUCGGUCUUGCACCCAAACGGGCCCAGCGAUAGCCGCGUCCAUCAAUCCUCAAAUCUACACCUUCACCCACCUUCCCAGUCCCACUUAG